AUGGAGGAGGCUGGGGUUUUUGAUGUAGGGUUUUUAGGAUCAAGUUUCACGUGGUCUAAUAAUCAGAGGAGUAGAGCUCGGAUUUCAAAAAGAUUGGACAGAUUUUUAGUCAAUGGGGCUUGUUUGGAACUCUCUGACGCCAUUUCUGUACUCCAUUUGACAAGACACCCUUCGGAUCAUGCUCCGUUGAAGAUUUCAUUUGCAACUAGGUUGGAUAAUAAGCCACGUCCUUUCCGUUUUUUGAAUGUUUGGACAUCCAAACCUGAACUCUUAGAGGUGAUUCGCCAAGCUUGGAAUCAAAAUGUUGAUAGAUCUCCAUUGCGAAUCUUAUGCUCUAAAUUAUUGACAACGAGAAGGGCUAUUCAAUCAUGGGACAAGCAAUACUUUGGUAACAUCAUGGACACUGUGCGUUUUACGGAAAUUGCGGUACAACGAGCAGAGGAGAUGGUAGAUCAAGAUGACUCAGACGAAUGCCAGAUUGAGUUAAAUAAGGCUGAAGCGAAGCUCCAUCAUGCACUGUCAAUUGAAGAGCAGUUUUGA